AUGCCUCCAAUACAUGUCACCCCACGCACCCUCCGCACCCUCCGCACACACCGGCAGCUGAGCGUCCGGCACCUCUCCACCCCCGCAUCGCGUCAACCCGGCCCCCUCACCGGCAUCACCGUCGUCAGCCUCGAACAAGCCAUCGCGGCCCCCUUCUGCACGCGCCAGCUAGCCGACCUCGGAGCGCGGGUGAUCAAGAUCGAGCGACCGGGCGUCGGCGACUUCGCCCGCCACUACGACACGCGCGUCAACGGGCUGGCCUCACACUUUGUCUGGACCAACCGCUCCAAGGAGAGCCUGGCGCUCGACUUGAAGGAGCCGUGCGACCACCGGGUCUUGAUGCAGCUGCUGCGCAAAGCCGACAUCCUCGUCCAGAACCUCGCCCCCGGCGCCAGCGGACGCCUGGGGUUGUCGUACUCCGAUCUCCAAGCCACCCACCCUUCCCUUAUCGUGUGCAACAUCUCCGGCUACGGGUCGAAUGGGCCCUACCGUGACAAGAAGGCGUACGAUUUGCUCAUCCAGAGUGAGGCUGGCAUGCUCUCCGUGACGGGAACUGCUGCCGGCGAGCCUGCGAAAGUGGGCAUCUCGAUUGCUGACAUCGCGGCGGGGAGCUACGCUUACUCGAGCAUUCUGGCGGCGCUGUACCGCCGCGACCGGGACCCAGCCCGCCGAGGGGCUGAGUUGGAUAUCUCGAUGCUGGAGGCGAUGGUCGAGUGGAUGGGGUUUCCCAUGUACUACACGUACGGGAAUGCAACUGGUCCGAAGCCGGCGGGCGCAUCGCAUGCUGCGAUCUAUCCAUACGGUCCGUUUGAGGCUGGUGACGGGAAGUCGGUGAUGCUGGGGAUCCAGAACGAGCGCGAGUGGGCCCAGUUCUGUGAACUGGUGCUCCGGGAGCCUCGGUUGGCGGAGGACGAGCGGUUCAAGAAUAAUUCGUUGCGCGUGAAGAAUCGAGACACGCUGCAGCGGAUCAUCAACGAUGCAUUCUCGCAAUUGUCUGUCGAGCAGGCGAUUGCGCGGUUGGAUCAGGCGGCGAUUGCCAAUGCUAGGGUGAACGAUAUGCAGGGGGUGUGGGAGCAUCCGCAGCUCAAGGCUCGCAAUCGGUGGACUUCGGUGUCGACGCCGGCUGGGACGGUGCCCGCGCUGGUGCCGCCGGGAAUGUCGCUAGAUGAUGAGGGGUUUGAUGUGCGGAUGGAUGCGGUGCCUGAUGUGGGGGAGCAUAAUGAGGCCAUUUUGGUGGAGUUGGGGAUUGAGCGGGAGUAA